GUGUAUGUUAUGUAAGCGAGAACACUGCCGCAAGGCCUUGCGCUGCGCUGUGCCGACUCUGCGAAGUUCAGUGCAUGCUCAAUACUGGACUUGGAUGGCACACAAUCAAACGGGUGUCAAUGGAUACGGAGUCAAGCAGUAUCCUCCUGAAGAUGUCCUUCGUGAGGCACUCCAUCAGUAUGCCAAGGAACGACUCACGGUGCAGGAACGUUUGGCAAGACUGAACUCUGAGCUCCAACUUACUGUCAAGAAGUCCCGGUUGCAUGAAUUAAACAAGCAGUUUGACGUUCCAAGUCCACGAAAGCCACCCCCAACUGAUAUUGCAACCAAAGCUGUUCUGGAGAAAGUUGCGAAUGAUGUCAACCAGGCAAAUGGAGUCCGAACGAUCACAUCACUUUUGAGUAGUGAAGGAAUGCCCCUGCCUCGGUGUGACCCUUAUGUAUCAUACAAACAUUCCUUAUGCAUUUAUUUAUCUAGUGAUUUUGUAUGCACUGUGCUUGCCUGCCAUGCACCAGAUGGGUUGAAUGCAUGGUUUCCUCGUGGCAAGCAAGUUCGCCGAUCAACCUUAUCGGCUAUUGGGCCAAAUCACCAGCAUCAUGUGGAUGGUUUUGUGAAGUUGAAUGCACAGGCUUUGCGGAUGGGCAGUGUAGGACUUGACAUAUAUGGGAUAAAGGACCAAUGGAGUAGUUUUCUUCUCCAUCUUGUUGUAGUUCCAAACCAUCAGCUUGCAGUGACAAUUGGCCAUGUGCACCUCGACUACAUCACAAAGUACAUGGGUCAGUGUUAUGCUUGUUUCCCUUGCAGUUUUGUACUCAAUAUUGAUGUGGAAGCAAUACCUCCGACAUUUGUUACUGACAGAGGCUCAGAAACAGGUAUCAUUUUUGCCAACCAGACAGCACUGUGCAUGGUUUUUGCACCUAACAUCGAUGCCAACCAAUACCUGCCAUUCCAGUUCUUGAAGAGUGUCCAUAAUACACCCAUUGAGGGCUUGUGGCACUGGUUUCUUGAUACAAAGGGUAUUAAUGUAAAAAUUUCGCUACAAAGCAGACUACAUGAUGGAGUACAUCACCCAAAUAAAUCUCUUCACAAGCAACUCUUCUACUGGCUCUGGCCAAAAAUUUUGCAGGGCAAAUUGGAUUCUUUUGUGGAGUCAUCAAGCUCAUCACAAGGUGGACAGGACUGCAAGAUCCCCAUUACCCAAGAUGUGAUUGAUGCACUGAGGCAUGAAAUCCCAGUUUUGAGAGAUGUGACAAUGUGUUGGGUAAGUGAAGAGUUUGGUAAUUUGGCUGAAAGGAUCUAUGAAGAAAUUGGAUGUCCCAACUUCAUGCUGCAUGGAGGCUGGGCUAUUUUUCAACAAGUGGAGGAAAUCCUUGUCAAUGAACGUCAGGUUGAUGAGCUCUUAUAGUCUGUAUUUACAUUGAUUAGCUAUUUCACAGAUCAGAACUUAAUAUGAGUCUGAGAUGUAGCAGCAUCUCUGUGGUCACAACUCCACAUGCAACAAAAUGCUACUCCCAUUUUAGCAACACAAAGGAUAUCACCAGCCAUGGAAAUAACAUACAUGGAAACUGCAGGCUUGAUAUGAUGUACAUAGAAUUUUGAUCCGUCUGCAUAUGAAGGCC